AGAGUCAGGGAAAAACGGAUUCCUCUGAAAGUGUAAGACAUUUUGGGAUCACUGGAUCUCAGGUCUCUGUCUGACGAGCAGAUGAGUUUUGACAACAUUUCUCGCACUGGCUUUGCUGUAAACUGGGGGACGCGGGGGCGCGCUCGAGGGGGACGGAGCGCGCAGCCCCAGGAUCAAGUUACAGUCCCAGUCCCAUACUUUUCAAGGCAACAUUUUUUCCUCCAUCACAAAAGUGGGGGAUGGUGAACGCUAUUUGGUUUCUUCAAACUUUAGAGUAACGAAUACCGCAGCUGGGGUAAACUUUGUGCUGGAAUUUAAACCGCAACUUUUGUUUACAGCUUUCACGCACCGCGUUUGUACGAUGAAGAGAUUUUUAAUAGUAUGUGAGAGAGAAAGGAGGCAUAAAAAACUUUGGAAUCGGACGAAAAGACAUGUAGACAAUGUGGAAUCGCGAAUCUAGGAAAUACCCAAAUUGUGACUUGGUUUGAAACCUUCAAGCGCAUCGCGCACGAGCGGAGACCGACGGUUUGUUUGGAAACAUUUGAUGAAACAUCGCUACAUUGUUGGGUCUCCAAGAUGUCCUCCAAGCGCCUCUGCUCCAUUGUUGGAGGCUUUUGGAUGCUUUGGAUCUGGGCAGCAACCUCUAUAAUCGCCCAGGCGGUCAUCUUGCACCCAAAUGAAACGAUAUUCAACGACUUUUGUAAGAAAUCCACAACUUGUGAAGUAUUAAAAUACAAUACGUGCCUUGGUUCACCUUUGCCGUACACGCACACGUCUCUGAUUCUGGCUGAAGACUCAGAAACUCAAGAGGAAGCCUAUGAGAAAUUAGCCAUGUGGUCUGGGUUGAGAAAUGCUCCUCGCUGCUGGGCCGUCAUUCAACCAUUGCUGUGUGCCGUUUACAUGCCAAAAUGUGAAAAUGGAAAGGUCGAACUGCCCAGCCAGCACCUGUGCCAAGCUACACGCAAACCUUGCAGUAUUGUGGAGCGGGAGAGGGGCUGGCCCAACUUCCUCAAGUGUGAAAACAAGGAGCAGUUCCCUAAGGGUUGCCAGAAUGAGGUCCAGAAGAUCAAAUUCAACACUUCAGGACAGUGUGAGGCUCCCCUGGUCAAAACCGACAUCCAGGCAAGUUGGUACAAGGACGUGGAAGGUUGUGGGAUCCAGUGCAACAAUCCACUAUUCACAGAAGACGAGCACUCGGACAUGCAUAACUACAUUGCCACCUUCGGCUCCAUCACUCUCCUAUGUACCUUCUUUACGCUGGCCACAUUUCUCGCCGACUGGAAGAAUUCCAACCGUUACCCCGCUGUGAUCCUCUUUUACGUCAACGCAUGUUUCUUUAUCGGAAGUAUUGGAUGGCUCGCUCAGUUCAUGGAUGGAGCCCGCAAAGAGAUUGUGUGCAAAAGCGACGACACUAUGCGGCUUGGAGAGCCGUCAUCCACCGAGACGCUGUCGUGCGUGAUUAUCUUCGUCAUUGUGUAUUAUUCGCUAAUGUCUGGAGUCAUUUGGUUUGUUAUGCUCACUUAUGCCUGGCACACAUCGUUCAAAGCCCUGGGAACCACCCAUCAGCCUCUCUUUGGAAAAACAUCAUAUUUUCACCUGGUCACAUGGUCUGUUCCUUUCAUUCUGACAGUUGCUAUAUUGGCCAUUGCAGAGGUGGAUGGAGAUUCGGUUAGUGGCAUUUGCUUUGUUGGCUAUAAGAACUACAGAUACCGUGCAGGGUUUGUUCUGGCUCCUAUCGGGGUGGUCCUUGUUGUUGGCGGCUAUUUCCUAAUAAGAGGGGUUAUGACAUUGUUUUCCAUUAAAAGUAACCAUCCGGGGCUGCUCAGUGAAAAAGCUGCUAGUAAAAUCAAUGAAACAAUGCUGAGGCUUGGCAUAUUUGGAUUCUUGGCCUUUGGUUUUGUUUUAAUUACGUUUGGCUGCCAUUUCUAUGACUUUUUCAACCAAGCUGAGUGGGAAAAAAGCUUCAGGGAAUAUGUACUAUGUGAGGCGAAUGUCACCAUUGCUCACCAGACUAACAAGCCGAUCCCAGAGUGUGCCAUCAAGAACAGACCUAGUCUGCUGGUGGAGAAGAUCAACCUCUUCUCAAUGUUCGGCACAGGCGUCGCAAUGAGCACAUGGGUUUGGACGAAGGCCACCAUCCUUAUCUGGAAACGUACCUGGUUCAGAAUCAUUGGCCGAAGUGAUGAUGAGCCAAAACGCAUUAAGAAGAGUAAAAUGAUUGCCAAGGCAUUCUCAAAGAGAAAAGAACUGCAGAAGGAUCCAGAAAAAGAGCUGUCCUUCAGCAUGCACACCGUUUCUCAUGAGGGACCUGUGGCGGGUAUCAACUUUGACCUGAAUGAGCCAUCAAUUGAAAUGUCUUCUGCAUGGGCCCAACAUGUGACCAAGAUGGUGGCUAGAAGAGGGGCAAUUUUACCACAGGAUAUCUCUGUGACGCCCACUGGAACACCUGUUCCGCCUCCAGAGGAAAGAAACAAACUUUGGAUGGUUGAAGCAGAAAUUUCUCCUGAAAUGAUGAAAAGAAAGAAGAAGAAAAAGAGAAGGAAGGAAAUACGGCCAACAGGUCCUGCAGUAGACGAAGGGAAUCCUGCCUACCACCGAAGAGAGUUUGGUCCCAGCUCAGUCCCCCGUCUCCCAAAGCUUCCAGGUCACCGGAGUCUGGUGGCUAACCUUCGGGAGCAGCAGCGACAGCAGCAGGAGGAACGGGAUAUGCUACCUGGAGCAUUCCCAGAAUUCAGGCCUUCGUGUCCUCUUCCUUAUCAGGAGAGGUAUGGUGGUUUGGGAUACUUACACAAUAAACCCUCCAACCUCCCCCUUGUUAAUCCCCUGACUCUACGAGAUAGCAUGCAAGAUGGUUUGGGCGGCUUCCAGCAGUCAUCAUGGCAACCAAAUGGGGUUUUCCGGUACCUUGGGCAGGAGGCUUCCGCGAUGGAUUCUGGAUUCAGGACUGCAGUUGUGCCACGGGUCGAUGGUAGGAGGGGUGUACCAAUACACUCCAGAACCAAUCUUAUGGAGGCUGAGCUAUUGGAUGCUGACUCAGAUUUUUAAAUUUUAGUAGAUGUUUGUGCAGUGAAAGGUGCUGGAUACUCAUGCUGAACAAUGAACUUGGAGCAGAAGUGGUUUUGAACUGCUGUGCUGGCUCUGCUUGUCUAAAGGAUAAUACUUUUUUAUGGAACUCUCAUGAAAAUAUGAAUUAUGAACUGGAUUUAUUAAACAUUAUUAAAGAGUCAUAAAGACA